CUCCUGGAAUUUGGGAAUAUCCCAGAAAUACAAUCUCUUCUCUUCCCUUUCUUCACAGUUGUGACUGUGAUUGGCAAUAUCCUCAUUUUGUUGGUGGUGGCUGCUCAGCACCUCCACAAACCCAUGUAUUUCUUCCUGUGGAACUUGUCCUGCUUGGAGACCUGCUACAGCUCUACCAUCCUGCCCAGGAUGUCGUCCAGCUUUCUGGCUGGGGACAAGAGCAUUUCUAUUGGCAGCUGCAUCACACAAUUUUAUUUCUUUGGUUCCCUAGCAGUCACUGAAAGCUUUCUCUUAUCAGUGAUGUCUUAUGCUUGGUAUUUAGCAGUAUGCAAACCCUUUCACUGCAGAGUUGUCAUGAAUAACAGAUACUGUCUGCAGCUCGUAGCUUGGUCUUGGAUGAAUGCUUUCCUCGUUGUGGCCAUAAACUGCUUCCUGAUUUCACAACAUUCCUUCUGUUGUCCCAAGUUUAUUAAUCAUUUAUUUUGUGAUUUCGCUCCAGUAAUAAAACUCUCCUGUUGUGACACUAGCCUGCCUGAAGUGUGGUUCAUCCUCUCACCUCUACGCGCACUACCUCCUUUCCUACUAACCCUGGUGUGCUACAUGUGUCCUAGUGUCCUACUAACCCUGGUGUCCUACAUCACCACCACUGUUCUGAGAAUGUCUUCCACCACUGGGAUGCAAAAG